GAUAGAAGAUACAAGCAAUAUUACCAUCAGAUGAAAAUUGUGGUGUCAUCUUUUGACAUGGUAGCAGGGCAUGGCGCAGCUAAACCAUACACAGCACUUGCUCUCCAAACAAUAUCCCAGCAUUUCCGCAGUUUACAUGAUGCAAUAAAUGGUCAAAUUCAGGUGACUCAGAGAAACCUGGGGGAGCAAGAAACUUCAUCAAACAGUCAAGGAGGAGCAAUACCUCGUCUCCGCUAUGUGGACCAUCAGAUCAGACAACAGAGGGCUCUUCAGCAACUUGGCGUGAUGCGAAAUGCUUGGAGGCCUCAACGAGGGCUUCCUGAGAGCUCAGUUUCAAUACUCCGUGCCUGGCUGUUUGAGCAUUUCCUCCACCCCUACCCAAAGGAUUCAGAGAAAAUUAUGCUAGCAAAGCAGACCGGCCUGACCAGAAAUCAGGUUGCAAACUGGUUCAUUAAUGCAAGGGUACGUCUUUGGAAGCCCAUGAUUGAGGAGAUGUACAAAGAAGAGUUUGGCAAGAUGGAGGCAAACUCAAAAUCUUCUCCAGAAAAUGCUGCAAAAGCACCCAUAGAGAAUUCUUCAGCAUCUGAGGAUGGGGGAGAAGAUUUGCAGGAGACUAUGACAUCCAAAGCUGUUGAUACUGAUAGUGUCCAACCAGGACAAAUCCAACAAUUCAAGUCAGACAACAUUUUGGAUGGAGAAUUGAGCAGGCCUGUGGAAAGAUCAGUGUACCAAAAUAGUGCUCAUGGACUUCCUGGCUUGAGUGCUGGGGUAAUAAAAUUCUCCGUUGACCAAAGGCCUAACAUGGAAGGCAGUAACCUUUAUGCAGGUACAAUUAUCCCACCCAGCCAGAGUGGUAACGUCAGCCUUAUUGCUGGUGAUGCCAUGUAUGAUUUGCCAGAGCUGAAUGAUUUCGGGGUCAGCAACCAGGUGUCACUUGCACUGGGAUUACGGCAUCAUGACAACAAUGUCUUCUCCGUGUCUGGGGAGACCAGUGCAAGAGGCAACAACAGGGCGCCUUCUUCCAUGGGGUCUGAUACAGUGGAUUUUCAUUGCAUGGAUCCCGGAAAUCAACAGGAAAGGUUUGCCAAUCCCCAUGUUUUACAUGAUUUUGUCGUGUAAGAAUGUCUACCAUUAACUAUAUGGAUCAGAAAAACCUACUUUGUUAGGUAAAGGCUCGCAUGGAUGUCAAAUCCAAAAUGAAACUGCAUCCUUAAAGGACGCCAGUUCAGUGUCAUUACUUCUCUUUGCCUGUUGUUUGAAGAAAGCCAUUUAAGAACACCAUGAAAGUAGAAUAUAGGUUGGGAUUUAUAUGCUUUCCAUUUGUAACAUACAAAUAGAUUGGUGGAAUAAUAGGUCUUCUUUGUAAAGACAUGUUGUAAAAUUGUAGCUUUUGUGUUGUGGUGAAUAAGAACCCUUGUACUGUUAUACAAAUCUAAAAUGUAACAUUGAUAUAUAUUGUUUUGAAAAUAUUAUGAGAAGGCAAGAAUAACAAUAUCUCAAGAUU